AACCCGGAUUUUAAAAAUAUUUUUAUUAAUAUUAUAAAUGAUUUUCUUAAAAAGAAAGGAAUAAGAUUUAAUAUUUUAUUCCAGUUUAAUGAGUUUUCAAGGUUUUAUAUUUAAACCCCGGGUUAUUGUGUUAUUGAUAAAUAAUUGUAAUUUCAAAAUGGAUUUUCAUAUAAAAAUUCUGUAUGAAUAUUAUGUGAGUAUAUGUGUUAUGUGAUGAAGUGGUAGUGGUGAAUUUGUUUGUUAAUUAGUUAUGAUUAAUUAUUAAUAUUAUAUGAUUAAUAUAUGAAUUUUUGUGAAUUUUGUGUUAUCCAGUUUAUUGAGCUGACUGCUCAUAUGUGUUCGUAUCUGAGAGAUUUCAAUUUCUAUAUGCUCAGGAGAAAAUAUAGUUUAUUUGGAUAUUUUCAUAUCGAUUUAUGGAAUGUUAGUUGAUUUUAUAAUCGAUUUACGGAUUUAAUUGCGUAUAUUUAUAUUUAUUGAUUAAUUAUUUGACUUCCGUAAAACCGUCCACUCGUAACGAGGUAGCAAAUUUUCUUUCCGGAAGUUUCAACAAAACUCACCUUUAGCCUAAUUUGAAUAUUCCGGACAUUUUUCGUGUUUUGACUUUUUCGAUCCGGAGUACGGUUUUCCCCGUAGUCGGUCCGGCGGAGUUUUUCGGGUAUUGUAAUUGUUGAUAAUUAUCCAGUUUGUCUCGAUAAACGUGAACCGAGAUAUUUUCUUCAUCCUUAUCAUGUAAUAAUUGCAGUGGGACCCGCAGACCAAUAAUUGAGUUAAAAAGCCCCGUUUUGAUGAUUAUCUUGAAAACUAGUACCGAUUGGACCCCACUUUCUUAAUAUAAAGCUAUUAAAUACGUAUUUUCAUGUCAUAAACGAUCCAAAGGGGUACCAAUUAUUUGUAAGUAUAAAUAUACCUUUCUAGAGCUUAUUUUCACCCGUAAAAUCAUUUCACCAGUUUCUCCGCACGAUAAUCGAGAGAAACCGAGCGGUGUUCUUCGUGUUCUUCAUAUUCAAACGAGGAUUUGAAGGUGUUAUUGGAAUCCGAUGGAGGCGUAUGAAUAGUCAAAACGAAGAUAUCGAUGCGUAGAAUCAAGUUUAAUCAUCUGUUUGUGUGCAGAUUCAACAGAAAGGCUGAAAGAUAAGAUGAUUGAUUGAGAUUGUGGAUAAGGCUAAUGCUAGGCGAGGAGACAGAGUUGAGGAUCCAGUGGUCGAGGAGUAUUCAGGAAAGUUGAUAAGGUUGGUGCUAGCUAGAGUUAUGCUAUGAAGUUUCAGAUGUAAGUCAUGGCUGGAGUAAGUUGACAGUGAUUCUUCUUAUCGAAGAUGAUCUGAUUUGGUAAGGGAUGUUGUGUAGUAUUAGUGGUGGAUUCUAAUUUCAAUACUGUAACCUGGAAGCGAUCCUGUUGUUUUUGGGGGUUAAAAUGUUCUCUUUCGAAUCAGCUAUUAAAGUUUAAAUGUUCUCUGAAAAGUUCUUUUAUGAUGGUUUUCAAAUUUAAAAUUCAGGUUUUGAAAUCAUUUGAUUUAUGUUCUCAUACAAAUCUUUUAUUAAAUGUUUCAAGUUUUAAAUUCUUGUGGAUUUUCAUUAUCUUUAAUAAAAAUACAGGGUUUCACAAGUGUUUUAAAAAGGGUUUUGUGUGGUGACGUCAGAAUCCAGACCCCCGGAUUCCUGGACUGUCACAGUUGGUAUCAGAGCCACAGGUUAUAAGUAUUUGAAAUUAGAAUAUAGAUCAUAGUUAUAGGUUUUCUAGAGAAGAAUGUUGGGUGACCUCGGAUAGAGGUAUUGUGAGACUAUUUAGAAAUAGUCUAGGGAUGUGAUAGAGAAAUAGAAUCUAGUUAAAUGAUUAAGUUGAGUGCAUAAGUUUAAAGAGAUUUUGAUUCCUAAGUUAGACAUAUGAUUUUUAGUAUGUUGACUAAUUGAGAUGAUGAAUUGUGAGAAAGGUCAGUAUUAGACCUAUACAGAAGAGUUUGAUAAUGAAUGACUGAGUUGAAAAUGGUGAGAAUGCAGAGUUCAGAGUAUUCUGACUAUACUGCAUAUUUGAAAUUAGAUUAUUGUAUUGAUUUGAGGAUGAUAUAAAUGCAUGGUUCAUAGUAUGUUGACCAUGUCAGAUAUUUGAAAGAUGUAUAUUGUUUUGGAGUGAAGAUAUGAACAGUAAGUGUAGAGUAUGAGUUGUAUUGGAUUAGAAGGAGAGAUUGGUAGAUAGAAGUUGAUAGGUGAGAAGUGAAUGAUAGAGAGUACGUGGAAUUGAGUCCAGUUAUUAGAGAUGAUGUCUACGAGUAAGUUAGAACGUUAGUCCUCGACGACAACGCUUCGAGCUAAUCGGGACUUCAAACGAUAUCAAGGUGGGCCCAUAACCCACAGGUUGACGAUCCAAACGAUUGAAGAUAUGUUACAUGUCAUGCUAUGGGCUUCAAAGGCAAUUGGGAUGAAAUAAUGUAAACUACUUGGGCCAGACUUAUUACGAACAAUGACAUCUUACGACGCUAUUACGAUUGAACGUCGAUCAAUUAUCGAGAAGGUUGAAAAGGAGAUAUACAACGAACGAUGAUUUUUGAAGUAGAGCAGUAAUUUGAGAAGACCUUGGCAGUACCUCUCUUCAACUAAAGAUUCUUUUGAUUAUAUGUUUUUCAUCAGUGAGUUAUUAUGAUAUCAUUUCGAUAAACGAGAUUUUCAAUUUCUCAAAUUCUAAGGUGACAUUGAUAUUGAUUAUUGGUAUGAGUUGGAAAGCAAAGAUGUGUGAUAAAGGUUUGUUGUGAAGAGAUAGUGACAUUCCUUGAUAUUCUUUCAUCAUCCUUGAUAUCCCUUGAUGUUCUUUGAUAUUCUCGAGAUUCUUUGAUAUUCUUUGAUAUUCCUUAACAUUUCUUCAAUUUGAUUGGGAUGAACAACCCUAUUUAUAGGGGACACAAGGUAUACCUGUCUGUGUGAUAGGAGUUGGAUGGGACGCCAUCACUUGUGUGUGUUGUGAUUACAAGAAGGUUAACAACCUUUAGUAGUGUCUAAUGUGGACACGCAACACCAAGUUCGUUGAUCAUAUAGAUCUCUCAGUCACUCCUUUAUUCAAAGGUGAUCUACCUUGAAAACAUCUUGUUCUAUUCAAAAUUCCCAAAGAUUGAUUCUUGGGAAAUGAAUUCUGCAAUUGCGAAAGUUGAUUCUCCAAUUUCUUUAAAGCUAAAGGUAUGCCAAGGCCGAUCAAAGGUGUAUGAUGAUACGUUAUGACGAAGCGUAUAGUGGAAUCUCCUAAGUAAUACGUUUUAGUUUCUUCGGAGGAUUCCGAGGACGGAAUCCUUAUAAGGGGGGUAGAAUGUAAUAUCCCGUAUUAUUAAAUUUAGAUUUGAUUAUUAUAAAUCUAUUUGUCUAAAUAUUGUUGUUGGCUUUAAUUGAAAAGUGAAUUGAUUAUGUGAAUAGUUUUAUAUGAGUAUACUUGUUCUAUGGAUUAAUAUGGAUUAUACUGAUUAUGCGUCCUCCUUCUUUCUCGGAUUCCGAGGACGGAAUCCCUAUAAGGAGGGUAGAUUGUAAUAACCCGGAUUUUAAAAAUAUUUUUAUUAAUAUUAUAAAUGAUUUUCUUAAAAAGAAAGGAAUAAGAUUUAAUAUUUUAUUCCAGUUUAAUGAGUUUUCAAGGUUUUAUAUUUAAACCCCGGGUUAUUGUGUUAUUGAUAAAUAAUUGUAAUUUCAAAAUGGAUUUUCAUAUAAAAAUUCUGUAUGAAUAUUAUGUGAGUAUAUGUGUUAUGUGAUGAAGUGGUAGUGGUGAAUUUGUUUGUUAAUUAGUUAUGAUUAAUUAUUAAUAUUAUAUGAUUAAUAUAUGAAUUUUUGUGAAUUUUGUGUUAUCCAGUUUAUUGAGCUGACUGCUCAUAUGUGUUCGUAUCUGAGAGAUUUCAAUUUCUAUAUGCUCAGGAGAAAAUAUAGUUUAUUUGGAUAUUUUCAUAUCGAUUUAUGGAAUGUUAGUUGAUUUUAUAAUCGAUUUACGGAUUUAAUUGCGUAUAUUUAUAUUUAUUGAUUAAUUAUUUGACUUCCGUAAAACCGUCCACUCGUAACGAGGUAGCAAAUUUUCUUUCCGGAAGUUUCAACAAAACUCACCUUUAGCCUAAUUUGAAUAUUCCGGACAUUUUUCGUGUUUUGACUUUUUCGAUCCGGAGUACGGUUUUCCCCGUAGUCGGUCCGGCGGAGUUUUUCGGGUAUUGUAAUUGUUGAUAAUUAUCCAGUUUGUCUCGAUAAACGUGAACCGAGAUAUUUUCUUCAUCCUUAUCAUGUAAUAAUUGCAGUGGGACCCGCAGACCAAUAAUUGAGUUAAAAAGCCCCGUUUUGAUGAUUAUCUUGAAAACUAGUACCGAUUGGACCCCACUUUCUUAAUAUAAAGCUAUUAAAUACGUAUUUUCAUGUCAUAAACGAUCCAAAGGGGUACCAAUUAUUUGUAAGUAUAAAUAUACCUUUCUAGAGCUUAUUUUCACCCGUAAAAUCAUUUCACCAGUUUCUCCGCACGAUAAUCGAGAGAAACCGAGCGGUGUUCUUCGUGUUCUUCAUAUUCAAACGAGGAUUUGAAGGUGUUAUUGGAAUCCGAUGGAGGCGUAUGAAUAGUCAAAACGAAGAUAUCGAUGCGUAGAAUCAAGUUUAAUCAUCUGUUUGUGUGCAGAUUCAACAGAAAGGCUGAAAGAUAAGAUGAUUGAUUGAGAUUGUGGAUAAGGCUAAUGCUAGGCGAGGAGACAGAGUUGAGGAUCCAGUGGUCGAGGAGUAUUCAGGAAAGUUGAUAAGGUUGGUGCUAGCUAGAGUUAUGCUAUGAAGUUUCAGAUGUAAGUCAUGGCUGGAGUAAGUUGACAGUGAUUCUUCUUAUCGAAGAUGAUCUCAUUUGGUAAGGGAUGUUGUGUAGUAUUAGUGGUGGAUUCUAAUUUCAAUACUGUAACCUGGAAGCGAUCCUGUUGUUUUUGGGGGUUAAAAUGUUCUCUUUCGAAUCAGCUAUUAAAGUUUAAAUGUUCUCUGAAAAGUUCUUUUAUGAUGGUUUUCAAAUUUAAAAUUCAGGUUUUGAAAUCAUUUGAUUUAUGUUCUCAUACAAAUCUUUUAUUAAAUGUUUCAAGUUUUAAAUUCUUGUGGAUUUUCAUUAUCUUUAAUAAAAAUACAGGGUUUCACAAGUGUUUUAAAAAGGGUUUUGUGUGGUGACGUCAGAAUCCAGACCCCCGGAUUCCUGGACUGUCACAGGGCAAAUGGAGCCAUGAUGUUCAGCAAUCUAUGUUCCCUCCAAAUCUCACUUCGCCAACGACUUUACCUACCUUUUCACUUGUUCUCAACUCCUCCUCACUCUCUCUACUUGACACAAUCCUCCUCAUCAGCCUCAGCUAUUCUCAUCAAUCCCCAACACAAUCACAACAUCUCCACUCUCAACUCAGCACCAGAUGAAAAUUUCAGACCCAACUCACUUCACUUGUCCCAACUCUUAUUACAAUGUUGUCAAUCAAAGUCUCUUAGUUCAGGGCUACAACUUCAUGCCCGUGUGACAAAAAUUGGGUUGCUCGGAGACGCGACGAUACGCAACCAUUUGGUGAAUUUGUACUCGAAAUGUGUUGUUUUUGGGUAUGCAAGAAAGGUGAUUGAUGAAAGUUCUGAACCGGAUUUGGUUGCGUGGUCUGCUUUGAUAUCGGGGUAUGCGAAGAAUGGGUUUUGUGGAGAAGCGCUUGAUGGGUUUCGUGAGAUGCAUUUGUUGGGGUUGAAGUGUAAUGAGUUUACGUUUCCUAGUGCGCUUAAGGCGUGUGCGGUGAAGAAGGAUUUGGGGAAGGGGAGGCAGAUUCAUGGGGUGGUUGUGGUUACGGGGUUUGAGAGUGAUGUUUUUGUUGCGAAUACUUUGGUUGUUAUGUAUGCUAAGUGUGGUGAGAUUUUGGAUUCGAGGAGGCUUUUUGACUGGAUUCCUGAACGAAAUGUUGUUUCUUGGAAUGCGUUGUUUGCUUGUUAUACGCAGGGUGAUUUUUGUGGAGAGGCGGUGGCUUUGUUUCAGGAUAUGGUAAGUAGUGGGGUUCGACCUGAUGAGUUUAGCUUGUCGACUAUAUUGAAUGCUUGCACAAGUUUACGAGAUAUUGGACAGGGGAAGAAAAUCCACGGGUAUUUGGUGAACCUGGGAUUUAUAUCUGAUCCGUACUCGGCAAAUGCUCUUGUUGAUAUGUAUGCCAAACUGGGACAUUUUGAGGAUGCUAUUGCAGUUUUUGAUCAUAUUGAAAUGCCUGAUAUUGUUUCAUGGAAUGCUGUUAUUGCUGGAUGUAUCCUUCAUGAUUUCCAUCAGAGGGGUCUUGAACUGUUGAAAAAUAUGAUAGAUUCGGGAACUGUUCCGAAUAUUUUCACUUUUUCAAGUGCUCUUAAAGCUUGUGCGGCACUGGGACUACAAUUAUUGGGGAAACAGUUGCAUGCAAAACUGUUGAAAAUUGAUUUAAAAUUGGAUUCAUUUGUGAGUGCUGGACUUAUUGAUAUGUAUUGCAAGUGCGGAUUGACAAAGAACGCAAGGGUGAUUUAUGAUUUAUUGCCUGAGAAGGACUUGGUUGCGCUGAAUGCACUGAUCUCUGGUUACUCACAGAAUGGAGGGGAAUUUGAAGUGCUAUCUUUUUUUGGUGAUAUGCACAAAGAAGCAAUGGGAUUUAAUGAGGCAACCUUGUUGGCAGUCCUCAACUCCGCUGCCAGCUCACAGGUCACUAGUAUAAGUGAGCAAAUACAUGCACUUUCCGAGAAAGCAGGGUAUCUGUCAGAUAUAUAUGUCACAAACAGCUUAAUCGACUCAUAUGGAAAAUGUAAUCAAUUAGAAGAUGCAACAAGGAUAUUUGAAGAAUCUCGUAUUGGGGACUUGGCAUCUUUUACAUCUUUGAUAACCGCUUAUGCUCAACAUGGAAAAGGGGAAGAUGCCCUAAAGCUCUUCGUGAAAAUGCAAGAAUUGGAGCUCAAGCCAGAUUCAUUUGUAUGUAGUAGUCUUCUAAAUGCUUGUGCAAGUUUAUCUGCUUAUGAACAGGGAAAACAGAUACAUGCUCAUAUCGUAAAGUUUGGAUUUACAUGUGAUAUUUUUGCUGGCAAUUCACUGGUCAACAUGUAUGCUAAAUGUGGAAGCAUAGAUGAUGCUGGUUGUGCAUUUUCCGAGGUUUCUCAUAGAGGGAUAGUUUCUUGGUCUUCAAUGAUAGGAGGAUUUGCUCAACAUGGACAUGGGAAAGAGGCCAUCUAUUUAUUUGAUGAGAUGCUUGAAAAUGGAAUAUCUCCAAAUCAUGUAACUCUAGCUAGUGUCCUCUGUGCCUGUAAUCAUGCUGGGUUAGUCAAUGAAGCAAGGAAAUACUUCGACACAAUGGAGGAGUUAUAUGGAAUCGAACCAACUCAAGAACACUAUGCUUGUAUGAUUGAUAUCCUUGGCCGUGCAGGAAAACUGGAUGAGGCAAUGGAACUUGUUAAGAAAAUGCCUUUUGAAGCCAAUGGCUCUGUUUGGGGGGCACUUCUUGGUGCUGCAAGGAUCCAUAAGAAUGUUGAAGUUGCGCAGCGUGCUGCUGAUAUGCUCUUUGUUAUUGAACCAGAAAAAUCUGGGACGCAUGCUCUUCUUGCAAAUGUGUAUGCGUCGGCUGGGUUGUGGGAUGAUGUAGCGAAAGUAAGGAGGCGGAUGAAAGAUAGCAAGGUGAAGAAGGAGCCAGGAAUGAGUUGGAUUGAAGUGAAAGACAAAGUUUACACAUUUAUAGUUGGAGACAGAAGCCAUUCAAGAAGUAAGGAAAUAUAUGCAAAACUUGAGGAGCUCAUCAUCCUAAUAGGAGAAGCUGGAUAUGUUCCUGCGCUAGAGACCGAUAUUCAUAAUGUUGGACAUGGCGAAAAGGAGCUUCUUCUAUCCUACCAUAGUGAGAAGCUUGCUGUGGCGUUUGGACUCAUUGUUACUCCACCAGGAGCCCCAAUUAGGGUGAAGAAGAAUCUUCGAAUUUGUAUAGACUGCCAUACUUCAUUUAAGUUCAUUAGUAAAAUCGUUACACGAGAGUUAAUUAUUAGAGACAUAAACAGAUUCCAUCAUUUUAAAGAUGGUCUGUGUUCUUGUGGUGAUUAUUGGUAGUAUUCGUUGAGCAACACUUCACUUUGUCGAAGAAAUGCUAAUGUGUACAUGACUACCCAUUGUUGAAGGCCUGUAGCAGUUCAUUCCUGCAGUUUUAUCUGACAAAAGGUGAUAUACAAAUAGUUUAUCUUUUCCGCCAAAGUUUGGCGGUUUAUUGUAUUAAAAAGUACUAACAAUAGUAUCAUAGAGCUUUUUUUUUUUUUUUUGCGGAUAUAUUGUAAUUCUUUUGCAGAUUCUAUUUUGGUUCUGAAAUACCCGGAUAAUUGUUAUGCUUC